AUGGCGACAACCCUCACCUCGCCCAUCCAGAACCCGCUCUUCACGCUGAGCACCUCACCGUCCUGGCACAAAAUGGCAGAUCCGCUUGAUAAGGAAAAUUAUGAGGCCAGCUCCCUCUCCGAGAGUUGCACUCCUCCUCCGACACCGGAACUUGGAUUCGCAAUUCCGAUCUCGAUGUCUUCCAAGAAGUACUCGACGAGGAGAUUUCAUUCUCUGGAGUCGGCGGGUUCGAGGCAGAACAGAAGAAGAAGCCUCUUCGCGCUCUUCGGCCCUGGCGUCGAGGAAGCCGGAGACACUUCGCAGCCAACAGCUACCACCUCUCAAGGUUCGUCGCAGUCCAGCAACAUCCCAAUCUCACCUACGCAGCAGCUUGAUCAGAUGUUGUCCAUGGGCAACAAUCGUCAGGCCGAGAAAGCUGUGAAGAUGGACCGCGACUCGACCUCGGAUGGUGCCCCCAAGCAAGCCGAGACUGGCGGCGACAAGGAGACGAAUGAGCCCACUGCUUCACCCAUGAUGAAAAAUAUCGACAAAUCAUCCGAGAACAGCGGCGAUGUUGGCGCCGGCAGCUCAGACGAGACCCAGUUGACCCCCAACAAGACCAAAUCGCCAGUCCACCGUCACAAAAGAAAUGAGACUGCCGUCAAGAUUGUCGAUCAGGAGUCUGCUGACGCUGUUAUUCUCCCUUCUUCGCUGUACCAAUCUCCUACCGAGUACGGUCGCGACACAUUCUCAACCCAGAAAACGGAAGGUGCGACCCUGCCCAUACAUCUCAAUCCGGCGGCCUACUCGUUCAACCAAGAGUCGAGGGAGAUUACCUUUCUUCCAUCUGUAUACUACGCUAGUGGUGCUCUUCCUGCCCCUCCUCGCAGCCUUCCCAACAUUCCUGAGGAGAAUACCCAGCCUGAUGAGGAUGAUGCUUCCCUUCUCCCCUCAACCUCUUUCAACACAUCUGCCCCAGCGCAUGGCAUUCUCAAGACUCCGGUUGAGAAGAAGAAGCCGAACGAAAAGAAGGUUCACUUCGAGGCGGCCAAGGCCAGUGAUCCUGAGGACGAGCAGUGCGACUCGGACGAUUCCGACAAGACAGUGAAGGCGGGUGUUGGCGGAAUGAAGGCCGCCCUUCCCCCUGGUCUGUCUCCUGUCAUCUGGGACGAGGGAUCUGAGCCGAAGAUCUGGUUGAAGGACGGUAAGCCUACUCUCUUUCGACCUACCAAAGAUCCCGGCUACUACACCUGUCCUCUCUGGUCUCGUCAAUACCCAGAGAUUCUCUCUAACGAUCCCAAAGUGAACCGUUACGCCUCGAGCGACACAGACAGCAUCGUCUCUCAGGAUGGUAGCCAGGCUUCGUCUAGCUCUGUGACGAGCGCGAACACAGCCUACAACAGAGGCUCCAAGGCCCCCGAGAGGAGCAGACUCGCGAACUCGCCCCCAGUCACCAACACAGCCACGCCCCUCGUCGACUACAGCAACAUGCCAGUCAUGCCUCCUAUGCCCUCCGGCUUCAACUACCCUCCCGUCUACCGGAACCGUGUCGUCCUCGAGGUCGGCGGUCGUCGCUUCAUCUCCUCCAUUGACGUCUUGGAGCGCAGCCCCUACUUCAAGUAUUUCCUCGCCAUCCCCUUCAUGGAUUGGUACCGCGGCGGAGUCAUCCACAUCGACAACGACGGAGAUCUCUUCGCUCACAUCCUCCGCUACCUCCGCACUGGAAGCUACCCUUUCUUCUGGGACGCUCGCACCGGCUUCGAUUAUGGCAUGUACGCAAUGCUUCUGCAGCAGUCUCGGUACUACCUUCUCCCGAAGCUCGAGGCCUGGAUCAUGGAGCAGAAGUACCUGAAGGUCGUUCGCACCGAUGUCAUGCACCGCAAGCUUGAGGUCCUCGAGGACCAAGAGUGGGUCUGGAAGCACAGAGCCGAGGGCCUCGACUCGUACGAGGUCACUGGAGUUGUCUCUUCUACCAGAGACACCAAGAGCCGUGCCGGAAAGCUGAAGGCGUUCGGCGUUGAGAAGCCCGAGAAGGACGAGGAGGAGGACAUUGGCGAGGGUCCCCAGGAGGAGCGUGCGAACAUGGAGGCUAUUCAAGUCUUCACCAAGUCCCAGAGGACCAGAGUGAACAUUGACUUGUUGCGCUCUUUGGACUUUUGGAAGAUGAACAAGAUGAGAGACGAACUGGAUGAGAAUGGACAAAAUGAGAACGAACAGGAUGAGAACGAACAGGAUGAGAACGAACAGGAUGAGAACGAACAGGAUGAGAACGAACAGGAUGAGAACGAUCAGAAUGAGAACGAACAGGAUGAGAACGAACAGGAUGAGAACGAUCAGAAUGAGAACGAACAGGAUGAGAACGAACAGGAUGAGAACGAACAGGAUGAGAACGAUCAGAAUGAGAACGAACAGGAUGAGAACGAACAGGAUGAGAACGAACAGGAUGAGAACGAUCAGAAUGAGAAACGCACAGGAUGGAGACAAAAAGGAUGA